AUGGAUGCAUCAAUUUUCAUGUCUCUCCUCCUCCUCCUUGCCUCCCUACCCUUCUUUCUUUUACUCAUUGCAAGAAGAAGGUCGGAAAAGCUCCCUCCUGGUUCGCUCGGGAUCCCCCUGGUGGGCAACAGCCUCGCACUUUUGCGAGCGAUGAGAAAUGAUAGAGCUGAGAAAUGGAUCGAAGAGAAGAUACGAAAGCACGGGCCAAUAUUCAAGGUUACACUCUUUGGUUGCCCAACUGUGGCGCUCUCUGGUUCUCCAGCCAAUAAAUUCAUCUUCACUGCGAAGGAUGACACCUUCAUUAAUCAACAACCCAGGCCUAUACAGAGGAUAUUGGGGGAGAGAACCCUGCUCGACGUAAGUGGUGAGGAUCACAAGCGCUUAAGAACUGCAUUGAGCAUGUUUUUGAGGCCAGAGGUGUUGAAGGAGGAUGUUAGGAAGAUGGACAAGGAAGUCGGGCGACACUUGGACCGGCACUGGGAAGGGUGGCAAGAACUCAAGUUGAUGCCAUUGAUAAAGAGGCUCACAUUUGAGAUCAUGUGCACACUUAUUAUAGGGGUUGAAGCUGGACUAGUGAGAGAACAACUAAUGAGUGAUUUCCAAUGCAUGCUAGAUGGGUUUUGUUAUGUGCCUUUGAAUGUCCCAUUCACUAGGUUCAACAGGAGCUUAAGUACCAGCAAUAGGGUUAGGAAAGUAUUAGCCGGUCUAAUAAGGGUUAAGAAAGCUCAAGUUGGGUUAGGAAGUGGGCCUUUGCAUAAAGACCUCAUUACGUCUUUGGUCAGUAUUAAGGGUGAAGAUGGUAGAAGGACACUGAGUGAGGAUGAGAUGAUUGAUAAUGUGAUUCUUGCAAUGGUGGCUGGCCAUGACACUUCUUCCAUCCUCAUGACUUUUUUGAUUCGUCUUCUAGCUAUGGAUUCCCUUCUAUAUGCAGGGGUUUACAAUGACCAAGUGGAAGUUGCACGUGCCAAAGCCUCUGAUGACCCUCUCACGUGGGAGGAACUGAGUAAGAUGAAAUAUACAUGGAGACUUGCACUAGAGACACUAAGGAUUAUCCCUCUAGUCUUUGGCAGUUUCAGGAAAGCAAUGAGAGACAUCCAUUAUGGGGGAUACCUCAUACCCAAAGGGUGGUAGGUAUUUGGUUUGGAUUUGAUCAGUCUAACUCAGGUGAUUCCCGAGUUGGAUUGGGCUAAGAACUUGGGCAAUCUAGGGUUAGAUGGAAUUAUGAGUACAAUGCUGAACAAGUAG